AUGGGUGCCUAUGUCUUCCUGCUGCCCCAUGUACACUUCAUCAUCACUUUCUUCUUUCUCUUAGCCUUUGUUCCAACAUCUUAUUGUGAAGAAGAUGAGUUUUAUCGAGAGUGCUACACACCAUUCCAGUGUGGACACCUGUCAAAUCUUUCUUAUCCUUUCUGGAGCGAUGAGCGAUCUGAAUUCUGCGGUUAUCAAGGGUUCAAGCUCCAGUGCCGAGAAGGACCGAUCCCUAUUAUAACUAUAAAAGAUGAAGAAUUUUAUGUGAAUUUCUUGUAUGAAUCCGAAAGAGUGAUGAUCAUUUCUCGAAAGGAUUUAUCGGAAAAUGUUUGUCCUCCUGGUAUUGCUGAGAUUCCAAAUACAACUCUGAACGAUACUCCGUUCAGUUAUGUGCCGGAGUUUGAAAACGUAAAUCUAUUCUACAAUUGCUCAAACGAGGUUACGAAGGUACCCACUUUAUACAAAAUUCCGUGUGCUGUAAAUGGCGAACAACGGGAUGCAUUUUAUGCAACUGAUUGGCUUUUGAGCAAGUGGAACCAAGACCCCUCAGAUUGUAAUAUCCGGGUAGAAGUUCCAGUUCCAAAGGUGGCUGUUGAACAACUUAGCGGUGGGAUGGAAGCUUUUUGGAAGGUUUUGAGAGAAGGCUUUAACGUAACCUACAUGUCUGAUACAAUUCCAAUGUGCUAUGAAUGUGUGCAUUCGGGUGGGAUAUGCGGCACCAACUCUUCUACUUCCCGCUUCACUUGUCUUUGCCGUGACCAACCCUAUCCUUAUAUUUGUCCAAAAGCAAAAGGUACGCAUAACAUUGUUCAUCUAAAUAAAAAAAGUGUUUUCCACCAAAUGAUUUAUUUUUCUGCCGGAAGGGUUAGUGAAUACUAUUAG